UCCUAUUUGGUUGCUCGAAAGCAGAAGAAAACAGAGCGAUUCUAUCAUUGCAAUAGCCAUCCUCUGUUUUAACUUCCACAUGAUUCUGCUUCCAUUAAAAACCAGUGGGGUUAGCUCCUCUGCAUUCUCAUGCCUUUUGUUUCAACGUCCAAGAUAACGGAUCUGUCUUCACCUAAUCACUCCGCUUCAUUCUUCCAGACUCUUCCUAGUUCCUCUCAUUUUCAACCUCUCUUUCUCGCUUACUCUCGUCUCCCCCUUUUCCUCUUAUUCUGCUUCAGAUCGCCUGAAGACGUCGGAUCUGUAACUCAAGAUCGUCGAACACCCUGCAACGCAGUGAGCACAGAGCAACUUCUUGGUUCACACAAGGAAAAGUUUCUUAUAUGGUUGCAAAACGCUCCUUUAUGGUCUCCCCAAGCCCAGCUAAGCCUCAGAGAUUUGUGUAACUCCGUUGGUCAUCGAUCAUUACAGAGUCUUGUAAGACUUGAACCAUGUUUAGGUGUUACAAAUUGCUUGUAUAAUGUCAAUCGCCGUCUUAUUGUUUGAAUGAAUUUAGAUGUUAAAACAUUUUGCUUUAUUUUGAACAAGCUAGGUGUGUGCAUUUCAGGAGGUUUAGCUUUUAAGAGAAACUCUGUUGA